UAUUUGUUUCUUGGUUCUGCAGUAAGCUGGAGUUUUCUGAAAUUUAGCUCAGUCAACCCCCACCCCCUACUGGGGUUUGGUCCCAGGAAUUCACAUUAAGCUACAUCUUCAGGCCACUUUAAAUUUUGAGACAGGGUCUUUUCAAAUUCCCCAGGGUGCCCUCUAACUUUAAAUCCUCCUAACUCAGCCUCAUGAGUACCAUGAGCUUUCACCUUGCAAAAGUCUUAAAUGUUUAUUUACCACUUCAUAUUGUUAAUCAAAAGUAAUUUUUCUAUCUUGAAGUUGCCUAUGGGUAAGGUUUUCCAUCUUUUAUUUGUAUGUAUUUUUGUCCAAGGAGUUUUUCCUAUAAUUGACAAAAUGACACAAAAGUACCUUGCUCAUUCAGAAAAGGAACAUCUAUAGUUAUUGUUGACCUCCUUAAUUGCUCAUUUGUAGGUCAACUGAUCAAGUACGCAUUCUAUAAAUUAAAAUUGAGUUUGCUGAUGCUUUCAGCAGGACUAUUACAUUUUCUUUGUCAAAGUGAUUCUAUUAAUAGCUUUACUUUUAGUUUAUUUACCAAAGCAUUGUUACGGCAUUUUCAUAGUAACAUACAGUCUUAGAAAAACGACUAAUGUCUAACUGUAGCUAAAUAUUGGGCAAAUUGCUAAUUACAUCUCUGAACCUGAUUUCAUGGACUCAUGCAAAAGGUACCCAAAAGUGUAAUAUCUACUGUAAAUGUGUUGCUUUUAUUACUCCCGUGACCCAGCAAGAACACCACUUGAAUUUCUUUUCUUUUUGGGUACAUUUCUUGAGGGAGACAGGGCACAGCUAAUACUAUCUGAUAUUUGUUUUAAUAGUUAUAAGCCUGAUCAGAUUUUGUGCUUGACAUAAUUUUUAAAACUGAUUUGGCUAGGACUGCCAAACCCAAACUUCCUAGCACUGUAACAUGUUUGUUUCAUCCUAGAUUCAAAUCUCAGCCCUCAGUCCCUAACUUCAAACAUUUUCUGUCUCAAUUUUCUUGUUACUGUGGUGUUUGCACAAUUGAGUUUCAAGACGUCUAUCCUGCUUUGUUCUUUCAUUGAUCUCUAUGUAUGAAAGCUUUGUUUAACUUUUUCUGAGAAAUCUUUUUCCUGAGAUGCAUGAGGCCCUUCUAGAAGGAAUUUAAGCUUUGCCAGUUGUAGGCAUUGUAGAGAUUUUACUGGUGUCAUCUUAUAGCAGGUGACUCUCAGUUAAGCAUCCCUGGGUACCUCUUACUAUUUUUAAAACUACUCACGCCUUGGGUGGUUUUCACAAAAUGCUGGCUGCUUCUCCCUGCCUUAUGACUUCUUGUAGCUGUUUCAAGAGAAAAUAUUGUAAGGUUUUCUACAUUACACUGUUCUAGUAAGAAGUCUCAGGACUUUGUUAUCUUGAGACUCAUUAAACAUAACUUUUUGGAUAUAUAAUUUAAAAAUCACUUUAUUAAAUGCAUGCAGUGCUUUAUAAAUGAGAGAAUUACAAAGAAGUUGCUUUGCUUUAUAACGCAGCCGAACCACACAGCAAGCAGCCUAGUGUGGGGUGGUUUUACUUCAGGGAAAAGUGGGACUAUACUUUGGUUCUAGCUCUUCAACUUCAAAAUCUUCAGCCGCUCGCCGUGAAAUGGGGCAGGAAUUUCAGGUCCUAAUUCAGGACUGUUACCCACUAAAGGUGAAUUUGUCUUUUUUUUUUUCCCUGUCCUUCUUUAACAACAAUGUAUAGAUUCACCCAUUUUCCCAUCCCCUACUGUUAGUGCCAGGACCAGAUACCCUGAUCCGGCAGGGGUUACCCUCAGGAGUCUCCCUCAAGGUGAGAAUAGGUACUAAUCCGUAUCCUAGAUGGGGAGGAAAUCCCUUAAAACACAAAGAAGUUUCAGAAAAAUACCACACUCCGGACCAAAUGAAACAUUACCAGAUCCUGGUUCACCUUCGCAGUAUCUGUAAAAGCUGCUCUUUUUUAUUACCGAGCCAUUGUGAUCUCCAUCAGAGCUGUGACCUGUUCAGUUAGUUUUUCUUCUCAAGCUGAAGUCAUUUUCACUUUGUUUUUUUCCUCAAAGCUUUUGACUGUAAUGUUGUGUCAUUGCCUUGGUUUUAAUUAUGAUCACAGAAGGAAGUUCUCCCACGUGUCCUGAAUGAACUGUACCUUUAUAAAAAAGAAAACUAAUACCUGAGCACUUGUGAAAUGGUGCAGGUAGAAUCUUCUGAAUACACGGGGCUGAGAUUUAGCUCAGUGGCCUAAAAAAGAACUUUCUGAAUAAAGUUCACUAACAACUUGCCAUUCUUUCCAUUCAAAGUAAAAUAUAUCCUCGAGUCUUCCUUCAGAUUCUAUUUUCUGUAUGCUUUAAAAACUUAUUCUUUAUUUUCCCUGAGAUACAUUUUAUUCAAGAAGAAAAGCAGCAGUGAAAUGCUAGAGGCAAGAAAUACUCAGCUGUGCAUGAAAUGUCAAUCAGGACUGGUAGGCAAGAGCUGGUAGGGGCUACAGUUUUGAUGCAGAGGAAAUGCAACCCCCUUAGGUGUGGGAUGUGCCAGGUUAGUGGUCCCACCACAUCAAGGAAUGAAGCUGAGAAGUAAAGGAAGAAGUCAGGAAAGUGUUAUUAGAACUAAGGAGAGAAGAUCAGUUCCUGUAUUGACAGGAGGGGUCCUGAACGGGGCGGCCACCGAGGCACUUUGUUGUGGGCUAUUUAUACAGUGGAGUCGCAGUGUGUGUACAACAUGGGUCAGACUACAGGGUUACAAGUAUAGCUGCUUAGCUAAUACUGAUCCAAUAGGGAGACGAGUCGCCGGGCAGCGCUGUAUGGAAGGAACAGAGGUGGUUUUAGGAAGGGAUGGGUUUCGAUGCUCUGGUCACCCACCUGAGCCGCUAACUGAUGCCUAGCUUGGACCAGCUGGAGCUAACUGCAGUAUAAUUCAAGUUCAGGCCUGGCUGUUGGGUCUUUAUCUUGAGGUCUAGCCUCCUUCAGAUGAGUGUCCAGCCAUAAUUCUAAUGCUAACUCUAAUUCCUUUAUAUUUAUUUUUUGCUGACUUCCUUGAGAGCCCCCUCUAGCUCUGUAUUUCCCGCUAACUUAGCUGCCUGUUAAUAGUUUAGGCCCUGAGAGGAAUAGAGAGCCAGUCCUGAGUUGUGUGGUUUUGUAAGCCGUGUCUCCAAGCUGGGGCUUGCCUGGUCUUUCACUUGACUCCGGGCCUAGGCAGCAGUGACCCUUAUGAAGACGGGACACUGAAGUAGUACUUGAUAUGAAGUCCUCAUUUCUUGAAAAGAAGAUGAGGUUUGUUUUAAGUCGUGGAGUAGCUCCAUCUCUUUAGCUUCUGUAGUCUUUCUUCAGAUUCAUCAAUGUUGCUUCAUGAAAGUUUGCAAAUGUGUGUUCAAAGAAUUGAAGUCUCAACUUUUUCAUCAGUUUGUUCUAAAAUUCUGUCCAUGAAUUUUUGUUGAAUCAAAUGAAGGUUUUCUAAAGUAUCUUUCUUUUGCUUGUUUUUGGGCUGCUGGGAAUUGAACCCAGGGUCUCAUGCACAAAGGCAAGAGCCCUACCUCUGAGCCACAUCCUAGCCCUGUCUAAUAUAUUAUCAGCUAAAUGAUUAAAAGCUCAGCUUCUUUGCAUUCUAAGGAAAGAAACAUUUGUGAUUGCGGGUGAAUUCUUCAUUUGUCUUCCAGAUCUGUCCAUCAGCACUGUCUCAGCAGACCCUGAAUGCGUGUCUCAAGGUGUUCUUUGCUUUUCAGUGUUGAGCAGUCAGCACUGAGCAGUGGUUGAUUUUCGAGCAUGUUAUUGCCAUAACAAUUUAUAAAUGCCUUGAACUCUGUCACUUGUAGACACACACAGUGCUUUUUGGCACAUAAUUUUAGUUUUAUUUAUUUAUUGAUUGAUUGAUUUUUAUCAGCGCCAGGGAUCAAACUCAUGACUGCCUGCUUGCAAGGCAGGCGCUUAUGCCGCUGAGCUAAAUCCCCAGCCCCUUGGCACAGAACUUUAAAUCACAUCCCACAGUGGCUUUGUGCUACAGUGCCUCCUCCUCCUACUCUAAAAGGUGCAUCUAAACUUCUUUACUUUCUGGAUUUCUUUCUUUACUGAUCCACAUCACAGUUUCUGUCAUUAUUAGUUGACUCAUAACUUCAACACUUGUGAUCCUCUGCACUGAGUCUGUUCUCUACAGAUUUGGUAAAGGGGAGCACUGUUUUGAGAAAGGUCCAUGCCGAGAGAAUGCCUACUGGUUCUUAGUUUCCCAUGGGAAGUCACGUUGAGGUUUUUGACCUCCCCACCAGGACCAGCGUUUCUGAGCUCCCUGGCGUCUCCCCGAACCAUAAAAUACAACCCUGAGGUGGCAGGAGGACCAUUUCCUUGCCGUGUGGACCCCCCUCUCCCUCUCCCUGCUUUACUGCAGACUCUGUCUGUCUCUUCAUAAUCGUUUCUUUACUUAAUAAAACAGUAUGUCACCUCCCUAUCUUUGACCUUACUUUUGAAAGCUGUAAGGACUCCAUGCUUUGAUCUCUUUUUGGCCCUAGAACAAUUCUCAUUUUGAAGCGUGGGCCCCUUGGUAUUUUGCUCCACAUUGUGUAACUUUCUUAGAAAGUUGCCAAAUUCUAAAAUAGGAGUUUCCCUAAACCACAUUGUUCCAGUGGAUGGUGUGUUUGACAAACUUCUGUCAUUAAAUGGUUGAAAGCCACCUUGAUUUGUGUUUCAGCUCCAAGGGGAAUUUAUUUGCUGAAAUCGCUAAAUAACCAAGGGUGAUUCUAGUGAGGGCAGUUGCAUGCAGUUUUCAGUGACAAUUUCCAGGAAUCUGCUGCUUUCUGUCAUGCGACUUUGAUUUCUUUUAUGUUGGAUUUCUGCUCAAUUCAGUUUGCCCCAGAAAUGCAAUUUUUAGUUGUCAGCAAAAGCAGUACUUUUGGGUUUUCUGCUUGGCUUUAAGCUUAAGCUUCUCCCUUCAUGAUCUCAUAGAAGAAUUUAAAGCUGUACUCCUGUUCAAGUGAGACAAGAUAUAAAGAGAUUAAUUAAAGAAAUGAUAAGCCCCGCCCAAGAGAACACAGAUGGAAGAACUGAGGAAAUCAGAAAAGAAAGAGAAACUUCUGAAGAAGAAUUUAAACAUAACUUAGAAUACAUGAAACAGAUCCAAAGAGAAUACCAGGAAACUAAAAACUCUAUUGAACACUGGAAAAAUGCCUUGACAGAAACUAAAGACAGCCUUCUGAAACUUGAAGAGAGAUUUAUGGCAUAUGAUCAUGAAAGAAAAAGCCUUUAAAAAAUAACAAGGAACCAGAAAGAAGCAAUUCAAAAACUAGAAGAUGACAAAAAGAUACAUAACUUAAGAAUAAAGAAUGUGAGUGAGGAAGCAGGAGCAACCAAAAAUGAAAUACAAAGAAUAUUCACAGAUACAUUAAAGCAAAAUUUCCCAUAUUUAGCAAAAAGAAAUGAUAUCCAGAUAAAAGAGGCAUACAGAACACCAGCUACCUAUAACCAAAACAGAUCUACGCCUAGACAUAUAAUAAUAAUAAAGAUUCCAGAAAUCCACCAAAAGAACAGAAUAUUAAAAGCAGCCAAAGAAAAUAUGCAGAUUACCUACGACGGGAAAACUAUCAAAAUAACAGCAGACUUACCAACACAAACUCUUAAGUCAAUAAGGGAGUGGGGAGAAAUAUUCCAAGUCCUGAAAGAAAAUGAUAUGCAACCGAAGCUCAUAUACCCCUCAAAAUUAAUGGAGAAAUAAGAUAUUUUCAAAACAAGGAGGAACUGUGGGAGUUCAUGGCCACCAAUCCAACCCUACAGAGAGUGCUGAAGGACAUUACAGAGAAAAGAGAGGAAGAGAUAACCAGGAUUCCAGCAACAGUGGCAGAGAGGCCUCAGUGAACGGGGCAGACAGUGGAAUGAGGGAAUAAGGUGGACAAAUUAUAGCAGAAAAGUGGAGUAGCAGACAUGAGGCAGAGACGGUAAGCUAUAGGCUUUAGUAUAGACAGCUCUGAAACACUAUAAAAAAAAGAAAAAGGCAGAGGUCAUUGUUAAUGGUGUAUAAGGAUUUAAAAGACAUAGUAGUCUUAUUGACAUAUUUAGUUUGAAUUUAAUACAUACUGGUCUGUCCAUUCAUAUCAGAUUUGAGGGCACAGACAUCUUGACCCAAAAAUAGCAGGUUAUACCAUGGUAACUAUCCUUACUUUCCUAUUAACUUAAACUGAAAUCCUACAAUACUUACAUUGUCUUACUGUGACUGAUCUUAAUUGAAUCUGAAUCAUAAGACUGUGGGUUGGCCAUGGCUGAUUCUAUUUGAAAUUGGUAUGCUUGUUAGUAUCAACCCUAAAAGUAGAGGCAACUACUCUGAGGAUGACAAGAUGUAAAGGAUAUCCAUAUGGGUAUUAAUUAGUAACAGCUCUCAAAUCCUACAAUGCUGUCAAAGUUAAGUUUUUAUAAACAUAGUUGAUACUAUAUUUAACUAUAAUAAGCCAGUGUGGUGGUCACAUCUAUUGAAAAUAACAAGAGAAAACAUAGUAACUACGGAAGAUCAUCUAUAUUGUGGUCUUAUAUGUCUUAUCCAUUGCAUGUUUUGCUAGGAAAUUGUUUUGCUGUCUUGCUAUGACUUGGUAUUCCCUAUAAUACAGAGAGAAUAGACAUAUAUGUAGAAAUUCACACAUGGCGGUUUUUUUUCUUCUUUUUAAUUAUUUACGGGAACAGAUUAUAUAAUGCAAGAUGUAAUGAACAGAUACUCUGAGGAAGAGACGCUAAGAAACCCCGAGACUAAUUUGGUAGCAUUAUGAUAGAAAUUCUAGCAAUACUAUUGUUCACUGAUUAGAAUGACAUUGAACUGGUUUCUUGAGUUCAAUUUCAGCAUAUGUAGAGAUGGGGACAGCUAUCACAAAGAGAAUGAGAGAUGCGAUGGUAGUUACUAUUGUCUUCCCUAAUUUGGUACUUGAGGACCUAAAAAGCCUCCAAUGAUUUGAUUAGUUCUAUAAUAUGCAAUAAGUAUAUAAAGUGGGUGAAGAUGGGGACAACUAUUUGUAAGAAACUAGAGACAGUUAGAUAGACAAUGAAGAUCUCCAGUGGGCUUGCUGCGAAAUCUGUAUUUCUUUAAAUUGUUUUUUUAACUGCUUUGUUCUGUUUUGAUAUGUUUAAUCUUACCCUCUCUGAGAUGUAAAACAAAUGUGUAGGACUGAUAACCAUAUUACUGAACUCUUGUUCGAUCAUAGAGCAGAAGGGUUUGUAGUGUCACUUUAUGAAUGUCAUUCUAAAUACUUUAAUUCUAUAACAUGAACAGCUAUUUCUAAGAUAACAAUGUGUAACUUAUCAACCAGCAAUUUCUUACCGUUUGUUUUUCUGUAAGUUUGUAUUAUUUCUACCCUUUUUUUAUCUCCAUGUAUUCUUUUGUUUCCUUUUCUUUAAAUUUAAAAAAAAAAAAAAAAAAAAAAAAGCUUAAGCUUCUCCCUAACUGGUGAGAAGGAAACUGGGCUUUUAGAGGCCAAACCUAGGUCAUGUUUUGCCCCAGCCCCUUCAUUUCCUCAGAAAUCAAAUGAUAAGAAGUGACAGCAGGAAGCUGCCUAAAGGAAGGUUGGGGUGCUGUUACCAAAGGUGGGAAAUGAUUGCUCCUUAGGAAAAAAUAACAGCUGUGUAAUGACUAGAAGAUCACAUUGGUGGGGACUGAAUCCUCCCUGAAAGAUCCACAGCACAUACUGUCACCUUCAAGGUUCUGAGUUUCAAUACAAUUUUUUAAAAAUGCUCAUUUGGCAGUGAAUCAGAGCAUCCCCAGAAAUGGUUUCUUUUAGGCCUUGGGAAUAAUAUCCAUGUUCCUACUAAUCAGUACGUGAGUGCAUAGGUGUUUGAGACUGUGAGUAGAGGUUUAUAGUUGAUAAGUAUUUUAACCGUGUCUGAGCUUCUCAAACCAGACUCAUUUUUAGAAAUUUUAGAAUUUUAGAGCAAGACUCAUUCAUGAAGAUGUCAUGUCAUCAUUCGUAUCUACUGACUUGAUAUCUACUGGGGUUUUCAGAUGGACAUUAUAGGAAGAAAAUUUAAAAAUAACAUGGGAAUAACCACUUUUUGGAGUUUUCUUUUUCUGGUGCUGUUUCACCUGUUUUGGGGCUAGUUACACCCAAAUUAAGGAAGAAUAGAAAGCUAAAACUGUUAAUUGGGUGGACUAUGUAAGGAGUUUAUUAUUAGUAACAAAACUUUUAGACCAAAGAGAACCUCCUUAGUUCUCAAGUUAAGUUCACCUGCAGUCUGAUCCCUGUUCUCACUGUGGAGUUGCUUCCUCCCUCUCUGUUCGGAACGCUGUUACAACUGGUAUUUCAGGUCUGUAGAGGAUCCUAUAGAAACUCUUUACAUACAUCGGGCAAAUGAUUGGACUCUGGGGUCUAAAGUCAAAUGAAUUUUGAAGUUUAGAAAGUCAAAUGAACAUUUAGAAACAAGUGGAUUUGAAUAAAUUCAGGUACCACCAUGGUUUAUUACUGUAGUCUUUAUAGCAAAAACAAAACAAAACAACAAAAUCUGUUGAUAAUUUAGGUCUUUUUACUUUGAUUUCAGAACUACUUAAUAUGUAGUUCUUGGUGCUCUUAGCAGUUACAAGUUAGACUGUAAGAUGAAAGGAUUUCAUAGUUUCUGAUUUGGCUUUGGAGCAGGGAAAGUUAAUAUUAAGAUUCCAAAACAAAACAAAACUGGUUUAAUUAAACUCUUAACUAUUGAAGGACAGACCAGGAACCACUGAUAAUGGAAAUGACAGUACAUUGGUAUCGCAGUUCUUGUGCUGGGUCUUUUGGUGUUUAAAAGUAUUCCUCUGUUUUGAUAUUGUUGCAGUCAGGGUUUGCAAGAGAAACCAUUUAAUACAGGACUCAUAAUUUAUAGGAUUAUUUUUAUAAUAGUCACCCAAAGCGUCAAGUACAAAAGCAUACAGGAAGUCUGUCCAUGCACUAGAGACCCAAAGAAUCCAGCUGAGGGCCUGGAUCCCAUAGCAACGUCCCCAUGAAUCCAGCUGGAGACCUCGAGCCCAUGGCAGUGACCCCUCACCAGUCCAGCCAGCAGCCUAGAGCCCACGACAAUGUCUCAUGCAAGUCUGUUCCUCGGUUCUGCACUGGGAAGGCCUGUGCAGUGGUAGAAGCGAGAAAGUCUGUGCCAGCACAGUGAAGGAUCUGUGCCAGCAGGCUGAGGCCUGCGCUGGAGCCAGGAAGUGAUGCUCAAAGAAAGGAGCAGAGCUCCCCAAAAAGUACCCCAGCCUUCCUCAGCAGCAAUGAGACCCUGAGCUCCUCUGAUGGUGACAGUCGAGUUCGUAUCAGGAGAGCCAGCACGGGAAGCUUCUGCAGGAGAUCCCACAGCACCGCCUCUUCCUCUCCAGUUCUCCUUUGAAGCUGUUGGCAGCAAUCCUCAGGUGGCCCCUCCGCACCCAGCACCACACUGGUUCAGUUCUGCUGGGUGUUACAAGUGGGCCACCAGUUGUCCGCCCACCAUGCAUAUCUUCACUAUCUGUUCCAAUUACUUCAGAUGUAAGAAACUGAUUUCAUGUGUCCCUCCCCAUCAGCAGAAAAGGUCUAGACUCAUAACAAGAAUCUUCUGUAUGAAAUACAAUGAGUGGAUAAGUGUAAUAUGCACGUUUCCGAAAACCUAGAAUGUUUAACGGAAUCAUGUGAUGUUUGUGGAAAAGAAUAUGUGUCGUAUUUUUUAAAUGAAUGCAUACAUUUCAAUGUCAGAUUCAAAUGUGGCUUUGCUAGAAUUAAAAUGCCGGUUCACUCAUAGGUUAAUACCCUUGUAAGUUGUUACUUUCCUGAAGGAGAGUUUAUCAUCUGCUUUACAGUUGGAGAAAACGACUGUUUGAGAGCCUUCCUGUUUUAGACCUUAUGCUGUCAACAACCUCUUUGGAGGCUAUGGCUGAAGAGCCCGAUCCUGAGGCCCCACGAGACAGUUCAGAAUGGCUCUUCUCCUUCGGAGUUAUAGCUGAUAUUCAAUAUGCUGACUUAGAAGAUGGGUACAAUUUCCAGAGAAACAGACGGCGGUACUACAGACACAGCCUUCGUCACCUGCAGAGUGCCAUUGAAGAGUGGAACAAAGAAGGCAUCGUGCCCUGCUGUGUCCUCCAACUUGGGGAUGUCAUCGACGGCUACAAUGCGCAGUGUAAGACAUCCGAGAAGUCUCUAGAGCUCGUUAUGGACGCGUUUCAGCUGCUUCAAGUCCCCGUUCAUCAUACGUGGGGAAACCAUGAAUUUUAUAACUUCAGCAGAGACUACCUCACAAACUCUAAACUUAACACAAAGUUUCUAGAAGACCGGAUUAUACAUCACCCCGAGACCGUCCCUUCAGAGAAUUAUUAUGCUUACCAUUUUGUCCCCUUCCCUGAAUUCCGGUUCAUUUUACUUGAUGCUUAUGACUUGAGUAUCUUGGGUAUAGAUCAGUCUUCUCCAAGAUACCAGCAGUGUCUGAAGAUUCUGAAGGAGCACAAUCCAAACGCGGAAUUGAAUAGUCCUCAAGGACUGUGUGAGCCCCAGUUUGUGCAGUUCAAUGGAGGAUUCAGCCAAGACCAGCUGAACUGGUUGAAUGAUGUUCUGAAGUUCUCUGACACAAACCAAGAAAAGGUGGUGAUCGUGAGUCAUAUCCCCAUUUACCCAGAAGCCUCUGACUCUGUGUGCCUGGCCUGGAAUUACAGAGAGGCCCUGGAAGUCAUUUGGUCUCACAAGUGUGUGGUGUGUUUCUUGGCCGGUCACACACAUGACGGUGGCUACUCUGAAGAUCCUUCUGGUGUGCACCACGUCGACCUAGAAGGAGUCAUUGAAACUGCUCCAGACAGCCAGGCUUUUGGCACAGUUCAUGUCUACUCUGACAAAAUGGUGUUGAAAGGAAGAGGCAGAGUUCCAGACAGAAUUAUGAACUAUAAGAAGGAACUCCUCUGAGAUUGCUUUACCUUGUGUAUAGAAAGAGGAAGACUUUGCUCUGGGCUCGUUCCAGUCACACAACAAGGAAAUCACAAAAUAAAUAUCCUGAACCUCAUUGUUGUGCAUCCUUGAUAACCAAAUGUGUUCAUGCUUCAGAGUUUGUUGAUAAAAUACUUGAAAAUUGCACUUUCGAAUGAUACAUUCAUUCCUGAGAGUUAGAAAAAACAAAGGAGGAGUCUGCAGUGGGAGUCUAUAGUGCUAAUGAGGGAUCUUAGUUGUGUUUACCUAAAAAAAUGUUGGUUUAUAAAGAGAAUGUAUUCAUGUUAGCUGAAUAACUUAAAAUAUAAUAAAAAAUGAAGUUCUGUUAA